UGGCGAAUUCCCAACUAUAUUUGGAUAUUUUAUGCACUUUACAGCCUUUGCUGAGAAUUCAAGGAUUGCCAUUGUUUUGAAAAGUAAAGCUAUUAAAUGUGCAACCCAAGACAUUAAAUGGUAGCCGUGUAAGCUUAACAGAGUGCUGUAAACCAGCUGUGCCUUACAGCAUGUGUACUCGAUGUUAGUAUGUGAGGUAUCGAUACAUAUAGUAACAACAAUAACAACAGGCAGGCACAUUUAUUUACAAAAUAAUUUGUUUAACGUGUUUCGUUGGCGCUUUAUGCGAAUUGAUGCCAAAUACAGCACAGCCGCAAAGUGUGAUUGAUUAAAAGUGGCCGCAAAGGCAACGCGGGCUCGUCAGAAGUAAAUAAUAGCAACAACAACAAGAGCCACAAUAGCCACCAUAUAGAUUCAAUUUUAAUUGAAAUUUAUUUAACACCGCCGCUCUCGUCUCGCUGCGUCUUGAAUGUGAGCGUUAUAUAUUUUAGGCACUGCCAAACAGCCCCUGCCCGCCUCCCUUAACCGAUCAAUCCAUAGCGCUCCACUCGUGAAUCUUUUAAUUAACCAAAGAUGGGCCCGUCUCUGGCUUGAUGAAUGGCAAAAGAGAUAGAGGAAUAGACAACGCACAAGAUGUGGCAAAUUUAAAGGCAACUAUUAAUUGACAGCAAUAAAUGUGUUCAAUACAAUUGAAUCGAACGCAAACGAUCAAUAGUCGCCAGCAGCUGGAGAGGCACAGAUCGCAGCGGAGCUUCCAAAAAUGGACGACGUUAUGAAUGUGGACUUUAACAAUGAGAAAAAGGUGCUGUGCGAGAAAAUCAUACGUGACAUCAACGCCGUCUUUCUCAAGGAUGCCGACCUAUCCUCUUUUGAGAUCAUACCCAAGGAGACGAACUGCAAUAAGUCGCCGGUGGUGCAUGUAGAUCACAAUUUGGGUCUGGAAUCGUGGUGCGCCCAGCAUGUGUAUGAUCAUGCGCACCGAACGCUCAUCUCGCAUCGCCGCCAGACAAUGCAGCAACAGUUGCGCACACUGCAGCAGCAGCAGCAGAGCGAUGCCCUGGCCAAAUAUUUGAAUGUGGCGCUAUUGAUUAAUCCGGAUGUGACCACCUUUUGGCAUAUACGCCGGCAGCUGGUGCAAAAGAAUCGCUUGAGCAUCAACAAGGAGCUGCAAUUCUCGGCCCUGGUGCUAUCCAUAAAGCCAAAGUCCAACGAGGCGUUCGCCUAUCGUCGCUGGCUCUACUCCUUUCAAAGUGCCGAUGCCAUCGACUGGCCACACGAGAUCAGCAUAUGCGAACGCGCCGCCGAUCGUUGCUCCAGCAAUUAUCACGCCUGGUCCCAUCGCCAGUGGGUGCUGCAGAAUGCGCCCUGCCUGCUGCUGUCGGAGCUGAUGCGCACGGAGAAGUUUAUACGCAAGCAUAUUAGCGAUUAUAGCAGCUAUCACUAUCGCCAGGUGCUGCUCGGACGCGCCUACGAGCUGUGCUUCUAUAUGCCCGACGAGUCGCAGCCGCAGUGGGCCAGCUUGCGUGAGCUGCUCGCCCAAUACCAGCUGAACUGCUCGGAGCCAGCUGGGCCGGAUGCGGAGCCGCUGCUGCAGCUGCUGUUGCCCAAUCUGAAUCGCAGCAGCAUCAGCGCUCAGCGUCUGCGCUCCUUUCUCUACUGCUGCAACGUGGCCGCCAGCGAUAUGCGUCUCUGUGCGGAACAGCGUGCACUGUACGGUGCACGUGACUGUUUCGAGCUGCAUCGACGCGCCUCCCUCAAGUUCAUUGUGGAGCAAUGUGUGCGCCUGCUGACAGGCCUGGCCAGCGGUCCGGGUCUGUAUCUGGCGCCCGCCAGCGGCACUCAGUCAAAUGAGCUACGCAAAUUCGAUUAUGAUUCGCAUCCGUUUCUGGUGGCCGUGCGGCGUCUGGAGUUUCAACUGGGCGAUAAGCACAGGCGCUGGUGUAAUAUGCAUCUCAAUUUUGGCCAUCACGAACAGGGCGGCAACUAGACGCGGCCACGCCCACUAAAUACCCAUUUUGUUUGUCAAAUGUGCCGUAAACGCAACGCACUCAUGGAGGCUGUUCGUUCUCAAGCAGAAACGAAAUCAAAUAUAUUAUUAUUACAUAUAUACACAUAUACAUACAUAUAUAUAUGUACAUAUAAUAUAUAUGUAUGUACACACAUAUGCAAGUAGUUCUCGUUACGUAGAGUCUACGCUUGUGGACCACCUGAACCCCGAAACCUCCCUCUAAUUAAUUAAUACAUUGUCUAACUCUUAAGGCUAAGCUCAAAGCGAAACAUUUAUCUAAUUCUGUAUUCCAAACUGAA